AGUAUAAGAUGAGCUACAAAUAAAUACAUCACGUUUAAAGUUCUCUGUCUUCUCCUCUGUCUCCGAAGAAGAGAUCACAGUCUCGUCAAAUUAUUAUUAAACCAGAGCCACCGUCAUUAGCAGAAUUCUGCAAACAAAAUGUGACCCCGUUGGACUGGAUGGAAGUAUUAGAGUGGAGGAGACAACAACGGGAUGGGGCCUUGACCUCUCCUCCUGCUAAUUGUGGUCCCCGUGCUGUGGUCAGAUAGUUCAGCUGACAUCCAUAUAUUUCUUAUAAUUUCAGCAAAACAGGCCAACCACAAAGCAUGACACGAACACUAUAACCCAUAAAAAUGAUCCAGUGCACUGAUUGCGAAAGUUGUAAAAUAAAUAUUUAUGUAUUGUACUCGGACUGGAUUUGAAACAGCAGUUUAAUUCAUUGAAUGGGAAAUGACAGAGCAGAUUGGAAUAAAGAUUGGCGUCAAGUAAGAAGAAGAGAUAUCAUCGCAAACCAAGUUUUAAAUUUAUUCGUAUCCAGCAAGAAGGCCGUCGCCUUGAGUUGACAUUUAUUAACAUUUUCGAGCAAUGAAAGUGAACUGGGGAUCGUAAAAGUUUUUAAACUUUGCAUCGAAUCAUUACAUUGAGAAUACAAGAGUGUGGUCAUUUUUCGUACAUUUUUACCCGUGAUAACAAUGGCGAUUUAUUAAUUGUGAUUUAAUUUUAGUGAUUCAAUUCCGUUGGCUAACGUACAAGAUAGGUUUCUUAUCUAUGCAGAUAUUAGCAAGUGAAGUAAAUAUUGUGCCAUUUCUUGAGUAAUCUACCCCAAAAUUGCAAAUUCAAUCGUUUUCCACUAUUGCUAGUAAUGACCUUUGACAUUGAGAAAAAAAGUUGGUUGGCGUGGUGAAGUGUUGGUCGGCAUUUCUGCAUUUUGCUAGUAGUCAGUAGUAUUAGGCUCCCCGUCAACUCCAGACUCGACUGGCCGGCAGAAAAGUAAUAAAUUUUAGUUCACUCUCCAUCACUCUCCAAAUUCCAAGUGAAACUCUUCUCGUCAUACUCGUUUUCCUUAUCAGUUUUUGAAACCUUUGGACAAGAUGGGUGCUUGUUACGGAAGACUUGCCACGAAUGGUCGGGGCCAACCGGAGGAAGUGGUACGACCGCAGCGCGACCCCGGAGUAAAAACCCAACCACUUAAGAAAGAUGUUAUCAAAUGGAAGAGUGAAAAUCCCAUCACGAUGGGUCAGCUGAACAGCAAGCGAGACGAGUUUUGGGAAACGGCUCCCAUGUUUGAGGGUCGGCGUGAAAUUUGGGAUGCCAUUAAGGGUGCUGUUAACGCCAUCGAGAAUAGCGACUAUCCCAUGGCCCAGGCCAUUUUGGAUGGCGCAAACAUUUUCAUCCCACAUGGUACUUUGAUGGAAGCAUAUGAUGAGCUAGGAAACCAGUACAAAGUCCCGUUGUAUUGUUUGUCACGACCCGUUAACAUUCUCUGCGAGGAUUUUGAUGAAAACUCACCGAUAGAAGAAUUUACGAAUGACGAGGCGGCCGAAGAGGAUAAACAUUGGAUAAAACUUCGACUAUCUUCGUCAGGGAAGGAUGUCGACUUGCCGGUGAGACGAGCUGAGUCAGUUUCAUCAUGCAAGGCCAAGUUGGGGGUAAAGAUCAGUACCAAUCUACGGCAACGGUGGUUUUACGGCGGAAAACUUGUUGAAGACAAGACAAAGGUUCGAGAUCUCGGCGUCCCGGAUGGUCACAUCAUCCAAGUCGUUUUCUUAGAACACGGGUUGUUUACUAAUACAAAUGGUACGUUGCCAACUCCGUCAACACAGUAAUUUCAUCAUUCGUAUUCUAAUCAUUACCUUAAAAAAUAUUGAGUCAUCUUCAUCUUCGAAGCAAACACUGGUGUAAUGUAAUUAAAUUUAUCAAAUUGUUAAAGUGCUUCGCACAUUAUGUCCUGCAAUCUCUGUAAAAUUAGUUUGUAAAUUUUUGUUUUAACUAUCAUACAAUCAAUAUAACAUUAUGCGAGUAGAUUUAUUAUGAGGUGGUCAAAAUCAUAUAAAAUUAUAGCCCUAGUAUUUGUCAUUAAUGAAUGUAACUAUGUAACCCAUUGGAAUGAACGACAUUAAGUCAUUAUGAUUGAUUGAUUGAUUACCCAACUAAUUAUUUAUUAAUUUAUUGUGUCAUGAUGGAGGAUUAAAGUGUUCUUCCGUCUCUUCUCCUUAAAAGAACAAUCAAGUAUUGAUAUUUAAUCAACGAAAAAAUGACCAAUAAGAAAAUCCAAGAGCUAAAUGACUAUCUAUUAUAAGAUUUGAACUACUUUUUACAAAAGUGGUUAUUCAUUCAUAAGAACUGAUCAUGUUGAUUAUAUUAUUUUCCCCAUUAUUACCGUGGUACAAGUGGUGGUAGUUAGUGAGUAUUUAACAGUAAUUACUAUGAACGUUUGCGGAAAAUACAUUGUUGUAUAAGUUAGUAGUGUGUUGUAAGUGGUGUAUGUUUCACAAAACUAUGUAAUCAAGAGUGUUUAGAAUUCCUUAAAUUUCGUAGGAGUGUGGACUUCCCUCAGAUUCUAACAUAUUUUCUACCUGCUCAACAAAACAAAAUUUAACAAACAACUCUCCUGAGAAAUUGUUAAGAAUUUAAUUCUUAAAACUUGUACCCUUAACUUUGAAAUUUGUACCAACCACGGUAUUAUUCCAACCGUAAUGUGAAGGUAUUUGUUGCAGAUUUCAAAUUUUGUAACAAUUUUUAUAGAUUUUAAUUCCAUACUUAGAAACAGGAUAUCUAUGACAAAAAAUGUAAAAUUUUAUGAAUCAAGUUUGUCCAACAUUUGCCAAGUCUGUUAAAAUAUUUCUUAUUUAUAACUACUAGGAAUUUUAACAAACGAUACUCGAAACACAGCCAAAAACUAUCACAACAUUUAUCGUUUAAAAGCAUUUGCAUUUAUUCUUAUUUUCGUCUUUAUUUUUUACCUUACCCUAACGAAACUGAAACCAAUAGCGAAUUUUUAUGGAGCAAACUUGCAGAUUUUUAUAAUUAUUUUAUGUUUUUUAUCUUGACAUUUGUACAAUUUAUUUAUUAUUCAAAUCGCAUUUAAACUCGAGAGAAGUGAUGACAAAACGCCAUGAUGGAAAAUUCUCAGGUUUUUCGUUUCGCCAAUUAGAAAAAUAUUAUGAUCAAUGGUGCAAUUAUAACUAAAGUGAACAGAGAGGAGUGAGCAAUGCAGACGGAAAGAGGAGGAGCAGCUAAUUAGUUGUAAUAACGUUAUAUUUUUGUUUAAUUCUUGACGAAUUAUUAACAAUGCAAUUAUUAUCGAAGCGAGGAAAUUCAACUUGUCCAGAAAUUAAGAGAAACUCGUUAUUUAUUUAUUAUGAUGUGACGACGAUUAUUAUGUACUGACUAAUUUGUAUCUUUUGUAUGUAAAUAUUUUAUGAUAACCAAAAAGGAUGCCGAUACUUAUCCAUAUUAUUAAAACACAUAGGUUGUAGAAGUAGAAGUACUUAAUUAGCAACGUUGAUAACGUGUUACAGAUUACGUGUAUCCUGAUGAGAUGUUACUCUUAAAAAAACGUCGUACCUUUUACCUUCUCAAAAUCUUGAUGCGAGAUCUGGUUAUUAUCAAAUUUAAAAAAAACGUAGAUAUAGAAGACGCCCAUUUGUUAGGAUAUAACUUUGUGAUAAUAGUGUUCUAAUACUUGGGCUAAAUUAUAUUUCAAAAUCAAUUAAAUAAAAUGAUGUGUGAACGAUAAAAAGCGUGAAAAUAA